AUGCACCCAGACGAACUUCUUGAUAAGUUUGAGCGCCUGAACGUUACGAAAGAUCCAGAAAGUCUUCAAAAUAUUUACGUCGAUUGCAAAAAGUUUGCGCAUGUGAAAAUUCAAUCUUUCCCGACGUCACCUUUUCAAUUCUUCGACAAAUGCGAGGAAGUGGGCACUUUAACGAAAUGGCUAAAAGAUGGGACAUGGGUGCUAAAUAGCACAGAUGGUUGGCCAUUGCUUCGUGAAAAUGUAUGCAAGUUCAUGCAAGAUGGUGACAAACGACGAAUUCGCAGUUAUAUCGGGCACGACAUGGCCUCUGGCUUUGCAAGCUAUGUUCCUCUCCCACCCGGAGAACUAGAAGAUAUGACCGGCGCAUUCGAGUUCAUCAAGCAAUGGGAACACAAAAAUGGAAAACGCUACCCAGACGACUGUGGCAUGGCCAUCGUUUGCGCACGACAUCACUUGAUUAGUCUGGCAAUGGCGCCCUUUGGGGACGAAGACGUCAAUUUUAUCGCAGUAGCAGGGGAAGGCUACCUGUUUUUGUGGCCUGACAAACAGUAUGUAAAAAAGGACUUAGGAAUUCGAUCCCCGUCCGCAACGGUUCGCAAAAUUUGUUACGCUGGAUUCGAGCUGGAAAACUUACUUACACGUUCUGCCACCGACCUUGGGGAAAGCCGGUUUUAUUCUCUGGUAGAGGGACGUUUAAAUGAAAACGUGAGAUUUCUCUUUAAGGCUGAAAUGGACAGUUGCGACUCGAAAGGGAGAUACACCGAGAUUAAAAGUUCCACUUCUUUCAGACGCAAUAAUCUUCAGCAUCGGCGGAAACUAUUGCGAAUAUGGAUUCAGACCUCUCUUAUACCGGAAACGAAUAUUUUAGUGGGCUUUAGGGACCCUCAGUGUAACCAGUUGACAGCUUUAAAAUGCUACUCACGGCUGGAAAUAUACAAGAAGUUCAAUUCUAACGAUCUGCCUGUAAGUCGCAACCACUACAACUUUAAUGCCAAUAUUUCUGUGCAGUGGUUUAGGCAUUUGAUGCAUCAUAUUUCGAAACUUGAAUCGUUGAGAUCUAAACCGUCAGAGGGACCCAAGGCUUUCAAAUUUAAGUUGACAAAAGAUUGUCGUUUAUUUCUGAGGCAACUACCUAUUGUGCCUCAAGGAAUGUGGCCCAAAGAGUUGUUCAGCUAG